AUGCCGUUAUUGCACAACGCCAUAAUACGACAUGGAAGCCAGGAUCGCACAUUAGCUACAAAGCCCUCGGCACUCGUACAGGGACUCGCCCAAUUCCAGCUCUAUACGGCAGAAGAUAUUUACGGUCUUUGUGGUAAUACACCUACACCGGCGUCGCCUGCCAUAGCAAUUCAACGUCCAGGUGACUCAAGAGCGUAUAACACACGAUAUUGCAGGAACUUUCUCGCAGACUGUGAUAGUACGCUUCUGGUUUUCCGUCAUUUACCUCACGGCCCUCGUCUAAGCCAAGUAUUUGCAAGUGCUUUCCAUAACUGGGGUUAUUAUAGAGCACCCGUCGAGGGCCUCAUAGUUGCUAAGAUCCGGAGCGUACUUGAAUUACCCAAGCCUCCUGCGUUGCCAUUACAGCGAUUAGGAAUCUCGGAAGCCCCUGGACCCGAUUUGCGGAAAUAG